AUGAACGCACUUUUAGAUACUCAUUUGAAAGCACAUGAUAGAAAAGAUCCUAUUUUGGCAAAGUCUAAAGGCCAGUUUAAGAAGCUAGAAAGCGAUAAACUUGAAGUCAAGGCUAAAAAGCUUCUUUUGGCAAAGAAGAAGAAGCUAUUAAAUAAAAAUCGAAAGAAAGAUUUAAUACCAUCAGGAGAAGAUGGAGAGGCAGCCAAAGAAGCAUUAACUAAGGAGAGAAAGCUGAGAAAAGUGGCCCAAAGAGGUGUGAUUAAGUUGUUUAAUGCAAUUUUGGUUUCACAGACACAAUCCGAAGCUACUUCCAGGGCUUUGAACAAUAGCAGGGGAUAUGUUAGUAGUAGUAAGAAGCAAGAAGCUGUUGCUGAAGUCUCUAAAGAGAGGUUUUUAGAUAUGGUUCAAGCCGCGGGUAAGAAAUAA